AUGCAAAACAACCCUCAGCUGGCGCAGGUGCUCAACGACCCUGCCACCAUGCGGCAAUACCUCGACAUGGCUCGCAACCCCGAGGCGAUGAACCAGGCCCGACGAAGCCAGGACCUGAUGAUGAGCCAGAUCGAGAACCAGCCGGGCGGUUUCAACGCCCUUCGCAGGCUGUACACGGCAAGAUGCAUUUUUGUCUUGUUUUGUUCGGCACCUAGAGAUGGCAGGGAUGUGCGAAAAAAAUUCUUGGCGACGGGAGCGGAUUUGUUCGUGUUGAGUCUUAACUCGUUACAGCAGGACGUAAGGCGUGUGUGUUGCGAUUCGCUCGUGUUGUGCGACUUGGAAGGCGUCUAGUGCCUUGUCGUUAGGUGCAGUGGAGUUAUGUACUGUUUGCCACCCGAGGCUCUUCUCGGCUGCACUGUUGUUUUCUGCCCAACCAACAUGGAGGUCGUCAGGCACCAACUGAGAUGGCCAACAGCUACAAAGACAGCGACGCAAGUAUUCAGCAUAAAGUUAGACGCCACCACCGUUAUGGCAACAGGGACAAGGACAACAAUCACAACACCAACAGCGAGACAUGUAGCGUACGUAGCGUUGGCACCACCAUCAACACUUGAUGAACAUCACCAACAACAACAAAAACCACAAGGCAUCCCCGUAUGUAAAUGG